CAUCUCCAAUCCCUCUACAUCCGCUCCAGGAAAUAAAAAUGCAGGAACACGGCUCUCAAUACGCUCCAUCUACGCCCUUUUCCCCCAAUUCGACUUUACCCACGCCUCCUGCAUACACCACCACGACGCCAUCUAUCGAUCGGAAACGCCCUCCCGCAUGAUGAAGCCUGCAGAUGGCGCUGAGAAAGCAACCCGACAAUGCUGGGAGUGCCUUAAGCGGCGCCUAGUCUGUGACUACACGCUACCCUACUGCAAAAAGUGCCAGAAAGCCGGGAAGCAAUGCCCUGGUUACAGUGAGCAGAAGCCACUGCAAUGGGUCGAACCAGGCCGCGUGACAUCACGGAAGCGGGGCAAAGCGUCUCCUCCUAAACUCCUGCUUGCCUCUCAAACAGCCGUUGAGCCCGGCUGCCCGAUCGGGCGCGGACGCACAAGCUGGAAGGCCGCGGACGCUGCCCAAGAGGCGGCGAAGUGGUCUGAAGAGUACACCAGAGUCUUGAGAGAGAUAAGAAGUAAGCAGGAUAUCUGGGACGUGUUUUAUAUCGCGGACCGGGGGAAGAUUGAAGAUAUCAUCGCGAGGGGGUCGCAAGACGAGGCGCGCAGGAUGUUGCGAGGGGAGAAGGAUCCGCUUCAGAAGCUGGAGGGGAUGCUGAAGUGGAUGGAUUUGGAGGAUAUACCGCGGUAUAAUCUCUCAAAUGAGACAUGCGAAGUCGUGCAGGCGGUGCAAUACUUUAAUACUCGCAUCUAUCCCGACACUCAAACUUUAACGGAGCUAGCACCUAACCCGCACAUCAUAUCCUUUCCGCCCGCAGCACUGCAUCUCCUUCCUCUCUCCAUCCACCACAUCAUCGUUUGUCUCUCCUUGAACCACUAUAUCUACUCACUACCGGCUGAGGUAAAUCGGCAAAUCGUGAGUAGUACCUCGUCCAAGGUAAUAGAACAUAUGGGAGUGGCGAUUCGGCAGCUGAGCGAGCAGAUCGGUAAGGAGAAGACAAGGUCUAGUGAUGGGACGAUCACUAGUGUGCUGGUACGUAGCUCGCUAUCUUCACUCCAGUAUGUCUUGGAUCUCCUCCGCGGUGGAACGCCACUCGUGGAGGCCUUCAACAGGUUAAGACCUGUAAUAUGCUGGAGUGUGUCUCCCUCUUUAGCUCAAGUACUCGCUAAUAUAUCCGCCGUCAUAGAUGCUCUUGUGUGCCGAGCUCCAACAAGCCACGCCGACGAACUGGCGCACGCACGCGGACGGUCUCUUGCGACUCCUCAACCUACGCGGCGGCUUCAUGACCAUGUUUCGCAGCAAACCAUACCUGCAACCCUCCCUCGUAGUCUUCAUCCUCGUAAUCGUCACAGCCAACAGUACAUCCCCCGCCUCCGAUCAAAUGAUCAUAACGCCCUCCCUCCCUCAAUUCCUCGCCGAAGUCACCGAGCUCUACGACCAGGUAUUUCCGCACUGUCUCUGCCCACGGCCGCUCUAUCUCGAAAUCAUCCGCAUCAACUACCUGCGCCACUCGGCCUCCACCACGGCGUCCCAGGCGGGCGAAAGCGUCGCCGAGCUUUGCUACGAAGCCAACCAGCUGCUCUCCCGCAUCGCAGCCUUCUCGCCAAAAGACUGGGCUCAGCCCGGCCGCUACAACGCCGAGUGGCGCCUCAUCGGCUCCAUUUACCAGUCUGCCAUCGCGAUAUACUGCAUUUCAUCCUUGCAGUCGUUAUCCAUCCUACCCGCCACUCCUCACCUGCUCGCCAGUCUCGCUUCUCACGGCGAUAACUUGAUCUCCGACCUGAAAACGGCCGUUGCAUCCAAGCGGUUACGCAGACUCAUGGGGUGGCCGCUGGUAGUGGCUGGUGUGGAAGCGGUGUAUCGGGGCGAGGCGACGAGAAGAUGGCUCGAAGAGGCGCUGUCGGAGCUCAGUCGUGCGAAUGGGACGAGU